AGUAUGCUGAAUUUCUACACUGCAAAGGGAGGAAGUUUACUGAUUUUGAUGAAGUUCGUCAGGAAAUUGAAGUAGAAACAGAUAGAAUAACAGGAGUGAACAAAGGCAUUUCUUCAAUUCCGAUUAAUUUAAGAAUAUAUUCUCCACAUGUGUUAAGCCUGACUCUUAUUGAUUUGCCGGGAAUCACUAAAGUGCCAGUGGGGGAUCAGCCUCCAGAUAUUGAGCAACAGAUCAGAGACAUGAUAAUGCAGUUCAUCUCUCGGGAAAACUGUCUGAUACUGGCUGUGACUCCAGCUAACACUGAUCUGGCCAACUCGGAUGCACUGAAGUUAGCAAAGGAAGUGGACCCUCAAGGCCUUAGGACCAUCGGUGUGAUCACAAAAUUGGAUCUGAUGGAUGAAGGAACAGAUGCAAGAGAAAUUCUAGAAAACAAACUACUUCCUCUUCGUAGAGGUUAUAUUGGAGUUGUAAACAGAAGCCAGAAAGACAUUGAUGGGAAGAAGGACAUAAAGGCAGCUCUUCUAGCAGAAAGGAAAUUCUUUCUUUCCCACCCAGCGUAUAGGCACAUGGCAGAUCGGAUGGGAACGCCGUAUCUCCAGAAAGUUCUAAACCAGCAACUUACCAACCAUAUUCGGGAUACUCUGCCAGCCUUCAGAAGCAAACUCCAGAGCCAGCUGCUUUCUAUAGAACAUGAAGUAGAGGUGUACAAAAACUUCAGACCAGAAGAUCCAACCAGAAAAACGAAAGCCCUGUUGCAGAUGGUACAACAGUUUUCAGUGGACUUUGAAAAAAGAAUCGAAGGAUCGGGGGAUCAGGUGGAUACACUAGAACUUUCAGGAGGCGCCAAAAUCAAUCGCAUUUUCCAUGAACGUUUUCCUUUUGAACUAGUGAAGAUGGAAUUCAACGAGAAGGAACUGCGGAGAGAAAUAAGUUACGCCAUCAAGAACAUACAUGGUAUCAGAACAGGUUUGUUUACUCCAGAUAUGGCGUUUGAAGCCAUUGUUAAAAAACAGAUAGUCAAGCUGAAAGGACCUUGCUUGAAAAGUGUGGAUCUGGUGAUGCAAGAGUUAAUCAACACUGUCAAGAAGUGCACUAAAAAGUUGGCAACUUACCCAAGGUUGUGUGAGGAAACAGAAAGAAUUGUUGCUGGCUACAUUCGUGAAAGAGAAGAGAAGACCAAGGAUCAGGUGCUGCUGCUGAUUGACAUCCAGGUUUCUUACAUCAACACCAACCACGAAGACUUCAUUGGCUUUGCAAAUGCCCAACAAAGAAGCAGUCAGGUUAACAAAAGUGCAGUGGGAAAUCAGGGAACCAAUCUACCGCCUUCAAGGCAAAUUGUUAUCCGGAAAGGCUGGCUGACCAUCAACAAUAUUGGCAUCAUGAAAGGAGGAUCCAAGGAAUACUGGUUCGUUCUUACUGCAGAAAGCUUGUCCUGGUAUAAGGAUGAUGAGGUAAGGAAUGAAGAACAUUUGCUAUGCCUAAACCAGCAAUCAAACUUAAAGAGAAAUAUUAAAGCAAGUUUUGAAUCUG